AUGUCCCGGGACUUUGUGUCGCUGUGGGAGCUGGUGGAGGAGCACAUUCCGCCCCCGGAGCGGCUCGAAGUGAAGAGGGUUCUAGGGGAGGCGGUGGUGGACCUGAGCCUGGAGCUGCGGGCAGAGGUAGCGACGCUGUGCGCUCUGUGCCAGGAGGCUCGUGCCUCCCAUGCCCCCGGCUCCCGCCCCUUCUCUGACCCUGCCUCACUUUUGGCGCCGCCGCCCCACCUAAGGGAACUGGUGCGUCAGGAACUCCGGCAGCUGCUCCAGGGUCUUCGCCACAAGGCCAUCUGCGAGGGCAGGGACCAGGCCCAGGCGUGGGUCCAGUAUAGUCCCCGAGUCCUGCGCUUUGCCUUGGAGGAGCCCAGGUGUGCUCUGUCCGACCAGGGGUCGUUCCAGUUCAGAGGAGGAGGGGCACGGCACAGGGACCUCAGUGUCAUCAAGGACCAACUGAACGUGGCUGACAUUGACCAGGUCGCUGCACACCUGCGGGGCCUUCUGGAGGAGGAGUGUAACACCUUGCAGGAGGAGAUCACCAUGCUGCAGCGCUGUCUAGAAGAGGAGUUCACCAGGGCCUGCCAACCACCUGAGGCAGCCCUGGAGCCCACCCUGACAGAGCUGAAAGAACAGAAGGCAGCCAUGGUGCGGGAGCUGCAGCUCUCUCUUCAGCCUUCCCCUUUCUCUGCCAGCCACAGUGGCCCUGGCGGUAACUCCCCCACCUACCCAGGCAGCCAGCCCCGGACCCCUCCAGCCGGUCUGGGCCUCUCCAGUGCCACCUGCCUGUACCACCUUUGGAGCACUGCCCGCGGCCCCGGGGCCAGGCUGCCCUCUGCCGCUGGGGUCGAAAGCUCCAGUACAGCCCCCGGCAGCAGCCAGCCGCCAUGCCAAUGUCCAGUGUGGCACCCCAGGCCUCAGCCUGAGGGCCAGCUGCAGACCGAGGCCUAG